AUGAAUUUUUGGCCCAAAUACACAUUUUUGGUGCCAAUUAUGAACCGUAUAAAUACAAGUUUGAAGGAACAAAGGGAGAGAUCAAAAUUACAUAGAUUUGAGAGAUUGAUAAGGAUUUUGAAGGAAGAAUGCAAAUUAAAUGAAUUAAGGGGAAAACACAUUUUUGGUGUGUUUUCUGAAAAUAUUGGAACUUUUUGUAAAACAAGAAGAGGGAGUAACAUUUUUUCUAUUCCCAACAAGGCUCAUUGCUGUGGAAUUAUAGGGUAUAUUGGGUCAGGAGAUGCCCAAAAAGUGUUGAUGCAAGGAAUAGAGAUACUUCAAAAUAGAGGGUAUGAUUCAUGUGGAAUGAGUACAAUAGACGAAAAUGGAGAAAUGAUAACUACUAAGUACUCAUCUAAAGAAUGUGGAGACUCAAUCGAAAGAUUAAAGAAUGAUGCUGAGUUGUUUCAUGGAAACCACCAUAUUGGUAUUGCACAUACUAGAUGGGCAACACACGGAGGGAAGACGGACUUUAAUGCUCAUCCUCAUCAGGACUAUAAGAAAAGGAUUAGUAUUGUACACAACGGCACAAUUGACAAUUACUGUUCUUUAAAGUCGGAGCUAAUGGAAAAAGGAAUUCCGUUCCAAUCAGAGACCGACACAGAAGUUAUUGCAAACUUGAUUGGAAAAUAUCUCGAUGAUGGAGAAGAUUUUCAAAAUGCUGUCCAAAAAUCUCUUUCCCGUUUACAGGGAACCUGGGGGAUUGCAAUUCUUCACAAAGAUUUCAAAGACACAAUGAUACUUUCUAGACACGGUUCUCCAUUGCUUGUUGGCGUCCAAUCAGGACAUAUUUACAUUGCUUCAGAAACGUCAGCUUUGGCAAAUUAUACAAAUCAAUAUGUAGCUUUGCAAGACGGAGAAAUUGCUGUAUUAUCCCACGAAGGGAUUGACAAACUAAUUACUCCUUCUAGACUUUUGUCUAUUGACCACGAAAAGGUCGAAUCUUCUCCUUCUCCAUAUCCUCAUUGGACAUUGAAAGAAAUAUAUGACCAACCUCAUGCAUUGGCAAGGUCAUUAAACUUUGGAGGCAGAAUUUCUCCAUAUAAUAAUAUGGUAAAACUUGGAGGGUUGGAUCAGAGACUAGAUGAGUUAAAAAGGGUCCAGAACAUGAUUCUAUUAGGAUGCGGUACAAGCCUUCACGCAUCCUUAUUUGCCCAGCUUUUGAUGGAACAUGUCAGUGGGUUUAAUACAGUUAGUGCUAAAGACGCUUCCGAGAUUUUAGUUACUGGUUUUCCACGAGAAAAUGCUGGAGCUAUAGCUAUUUCUCAAAGUGGGGAGACUGCUGAUACUGUUAAAGCCAUCAAUAUUGCUGAUAGUCUUGGGAUUCCAAAAAUAUCAGUAGUAAAUGUGGUAGGGUCAAUGCUUGCUAGAGCCACUGGUUGUGGGGUUUACUUAAAUGCAGGAAGGGAAGUUGCAGUUGCUUCCACCAAAGCUUUCUCCACUCAGGUUCUUGUAUUAUCACUUAUUGCUGCUUGGUUUGCCCAAAACAGAGAUACUGUUACUUCACAAAAAUGCCAAGAGUUACUAGAAGCAAUUCACAGAGUUCCAAUUAGUGUUGGAGUUUCAUUACAAGUCAAAGAUCAGUGUGAAAAAAUUGCUGAGCUGAUCAAGGAUAACAACUCUAUUUUUGUUUUGGGGAAAGGGUAUGGCUAUCCUGUAGCUUUGGAAGGGGCUUUAAAGAUUAAGGAAAUAUCUUAUAUACAUUCUGAAGGUUAUUCAGCUGGAGCUCUAAAACAUGGACCUUUUGCUUUAAUUGAUAAAGAUUCUCAAACACCUGUUAUUCUCGUCAUACUAUCUGAUGAACACCAUUCUUUGAUGAUGAAUGUUGCACAACAGGUCAAGGCUAGAGGAGCUAAAGUAAUAUGUAUAACAGAUGACGAGAAUUUGUGUAAUGAUAUUGAUUGUGAAAAGAUUUUAAUCCCCUCUAAUGGUCCAUUGACUGCUUUGAACGCUGUAAUUCCAUUACAGCUUAUAGCAUAUUAUUUGGCUGUUAAAAAAGGUAUAAACCCUGAUAAGCCUAGAGGUUUGGCAAAGGCUGUAACUGUAUUUUAA